AUGCUGUACGAGCACACCGUCGACAUUAGCAGCUCUCGCGGGGCCACCGUCCGGUACCUUAUUGCAGCAGCCACUAAGAGUACUCUGCAAACGACCCUACAGACAUUAGAAAAACUAGCCGCGCAGUCAGUUGAACUUCACCGUUUUGUAAUUAUGGCGGCAGUUUCAGCCAUGCGGAAAUCUCCUCAGAACGAAGAAAAGUGCGCUCUUGCCUCCAAACUUGUGAGCACCGCUCUGGAGAAGAGCAACGCCCUCACAUUGGUGGCCACCGCCCUUGAGGAGUCACCGACGCAGGUGACGAACGAAGUACUCACCAACCUUAUGGUAAAGGAUCUGAAACUCUCGCCCACGCAGCAGCUACAGUUUGCCAUGGGGCUAUUUCUUGGCAGCACAAAAGGCAAGGAGGCGGCAACGGCGUUUUUGAACACAUUUGGUGUUUCUCCAGCCACAUUGAAGGAUGACAAUGGUAGCAUGUGGGCCUUAGGCAUCUUGGCACGACAGGCGGGCGGCAUGGAGUCUCUAGACACACAGCUGUCAAGUGCAUUUAACGGCGUGACGUUGUUCCCGAACAGUGGGGUCGCCGACACGCAUGUUAGUCUCUCCAAGAUUAUAGGAGAGCUUGGGACCGCGUGUGUGGCAACCCAGGCUGACUGCCGGGAGUUACUUAGCUUUUUUCCACACGCCUUUACGGAAAGCGAUGUGGCGGAGGUGUUGGGUUUUUUUGCCUCGCAGGGAAGCGCACCUUCUGACAUCAACACAUACAAUACACUGAUGUCCUUGACCGGGAGGGAGCCGACGAAGACACAGCACAGCGCCACCAUCUCGCCGAUACCCCUCCUCGAGCUCUUGCAAGAGCGGAGCUCGACCAAGAUGGACUGGGACGCCAUCCUCCGCAUGCUUGAUAAGCCCGGGG